AAUACGGCCAAGUUAAAAGAGCAAUUGAAGUGGCACGAGUCACUGGAAUGAUGCCGUACAGUUUCACAGACCCUUUAUAUAAAGAUGACCCAAAACUAACUUUGUAAAAUUAAAAUUGGCAUUAGUUUUAUUUUUUUGCUUUGCUAAAAUUUUUAAUAAAUGUGUAAUGUUGUAAAAUUGAUCAAUUGUUGGUUAUAUCCACUCACCUGUUGUGUUAUUAAAACAAUUUAUUCUGAGAUUUCGAAAAUCCUAUUAUCAUAUCUUUUGCACCAUACCAUGUUUAGGCAUGUACAAUUGGGAUUUGUUUUUAUUGACCUAGAUUACAUGAAUCAGACAAAUAGAUAGUAUCGUAAAUGAAAAAUUAAGAAACACCAAUAGUCUAAAUACCAAUUUUCUGGUAUAUAUAUUUAUAUAUAUAUUAAUUUUCUUUAUAUACAUUAUUACAAUGCUUUGUCUCUUUUUAAUAUGAUUCUUAGUUUUAUAUCUGCUACCUGAACUGAAAAAAUAAUUUACCUGUAAAAGGUGUCAUAUUGGAAUUGAUAAUGGCAUCGGCAUUGACAAAGGGAAUCCAAAUGACGAUGAGACAGUGCAGUAAGUUGGGCAACUUAACGAGCAGAGCGGAUUCUUCUGCACUUACUCUUUCUAGCCUGUCAAGGUUAUCAAUUACCCGUUGCAACAUGAUGACUGUCAUGGGGCAGAAUACAGGUCGCACUUUUUGGUCACUUGGUCCAACAUCAUCAAGGAUGCUAAAUUUAAACUCAACGAAUCAAUCUUGGCCUCAUACAACUUGUGGAUGUGGUAGCUACCAUAGUGAAGGUGACAAGACACUGAGUGCAAUCCUAAAUGAAGAAAUCGCGCAAGAAAAACAAAAGCGUUUGUCUGUUCCUCAAAUAGAGGGAUGGAAAACUGAGUUAGAUGGAGCUGAAUGUAAAGUUGUGAAGAAUCUUAGAGGAGAUGAAAUCGAAGUGAGUUUUAAUGUAAAUGCUUCUGUACCACCACUCCACUCUGACGAUCCUGAUGAGCAGGGUGAAAUAAUUGCACAACCUGAUUUCUCGGUUCUAAUAAAGAAACCAUCAUCAACGAAUGUUAUUUUGUUUGAUUGUUAUUUUCCCGAUCCUGAAAAUGAUAAAUACGAAGAAUCAGAACCAGAGAACAUAUUCAGUAUCCGGUCACUUACUAUAUAUAAAGACGAAAUCAAAGAGUCAACUUACACAAUAGAAACUGAAAAUAUUGAUUCGGAGUUAUACAGCAUGUUGCUCACAUAUUUGGAAGACAGAGGAAUAGGUAAUGAGUUUGCUGCUGACUUGGAAAACCUUGCAACAGCCGUUGAAAAUCAAGAAUAUAUUAAAUCGCUAGAAAAACUUCAAAAGUUUGUAAGCUGUGAAUGAAAAAUGCAGCAAUUUGUUUGUAUAGGCGAGUUACCAUUUUCUGUAUGUAAAAUUUAAUUACAAUUUGAACACGAAUGUAACAAACCAAUUACAGAAAUGUUUCUGUGAAAAUAAAUUGAAUUUUGAUAUUUA